UCUGUCAAACGUGAAUUGUUAUGAAAAUAUCCAUCAAUUUAUUUUUCGCAUUUUAAUUAUUUUUAUUGUAAAAUUUUUACUAAUUUCGCUUUUGUUAAACUGUUACGAUAUUUGUUGCAUAUUGUGAUGUGUGCUUAAGCCGACGCAGAUGUACGAAAACGCGGAAGUGAUGAGUUCAUUUCUGCUCUUUUGUUUUGUCGCGAAAACUCUGGUUUUUCGUUAAUUUGAAAUGGAAGAAGUUCGUCAAUUAGUUCAAGAGGAAGGCAGAGAGGCGAGAAAUCUGGUAGCCUUCCAUGUGUCGGUCGAUACCCCUGCCCGAGUGUCGCGCAAGCCGCCGCGCGUGUCGGUCCCGCGGCGCGCGUGCCCGCGGCCGGCGCGGCGCUCGGCGUCGGCGGGCCGCGACAAGCGCUCCGAGCUGCGAGCGCGCUACUGGGCGCUGCUGUUUGGAGACCUGCAGAGGGCUAUCGGCGAAAUCUACAACACUGUCGAAAUCCACGAGAACCUAAAUGAGUGCCAAGAAGUAAUAUUAGUUCUAGAGAAUUAUACUCGCGAUUUUAAAGCUCUAGGGGAAUGGUUCAGACUGAAAUGGGAAUACGACAAUACGCCUCCACCGCAGAGACCUCAAAGCCUAGCUUGGGAGAUCAGAAAGACAGACUUUGUACGUCCUGAGUCCAGAAAAACAUACUCCGUGAAGAGUUCUCCAUCUGUGUCAGGGAAAAAUAGCCCUUGUCUAUCUGGACGUAACACCCCAAGUGGCAAAAACAGCCCUAGCCUUACUGGUAAAGCCAGUCCAGGCAGUGGCAAAAUCAGCCCACGAAUUUCUUCAGGUCAUUCCAAUACAAGUCCAAAAGCCAAUGUUGAGUUCUUUAGCAACAAAGUUGUGGCUUCAAAAGUAACCGCUAAACCUGAGCCUAAAGUUGUGAAAGAGGGCACAAGACUAUCUGACAUAAAGGAGAAAGAUUGCAAAGAUGUUGUAGAAGACAAUGCUUCAAAAAGAUUGGUCAACAGCAAAGAUAAAGCUGAACCUGUUGUUGAAAUUGGUAAGGCAAAAGAGUUUGUCAAUGUUACUCCAAAACAGGUGAUCAUAAAAUCUCCAAAACAUGCUAAUGUAAGUAAAGAACCAAAAGACAAGGAAACGUCCGUUACAGAACCUGCCAUUAAAGCUCAAGAGAUUGUUGCCAAGUUAGACGCUAUGGAAAAUGAGUUUUUAGCCAAACAAAUUAAAGAUAACCAUGCCAAAAAUGACAACUUACUGAAUCUAGAUAAAGAGAAAGAGGGAAUUGAUACGAAAACAGAAGUAAAUGCUGAUGUUAUUACAAAUAGUGAAGCUGUCCAACCAAACAAAUUGAAUGAUUUAAAUGAUGAUAAAUGUAUAGAUGGGAAAACUACUACUACUAAUGAAACAGAGAGCUUUUCCACUGAAUCUUCAUCUAAGUCUGAAGACAAUUUCGCAGACAUAUCGAAUGAAAGUUCUACAAGAUCUGCCGAUUAUAAAACAGAGGAGACUAGGAAUGGAAGUCCGAAAAUAGUUUCACCUGAACCAUCUGAUAGUUCCUUAAAACUUUUAAAUGAUGAGGAAUUGAAACCAAAAUCAGCAGCAAGUACGCCUAAAAAAGAAGUGGUGGAACAAAAUGCUGAAAAGGUAUUGGAAUCGUUCGUAGUUGAGGAUAAACAGAAAGAUUUAGAGCAAAAAUGUGUCGAUAAUAACGGUGAUUACUUUAAAAUGGAGUCAGAGAAUAAAGCUGAUUCGGAACCAAUACAGGACAUACAGCCUUCUGACGUUAAGCCUACUAAAGAAUGUACUGCUGCUAUAUUAGAAUGUAAAACUGUUACUGAUGAAAAACCUAUUACAGAACCUAAAAUUGUUUCAAACGACAAAAAUAUUGCAGACAAUAAACCUGUUACUAGUAAGAAUAGUGUUUCAGUCGUUGAAAUUGUAAAAGAGGGUGAAAUUAAAUCUAGUGCAGAAGAUAAACUCAUUUCAGAUGAGAAACCAAUUUCAGACGAUAAAUCUAUUACAACCGAAAAACCUAUCCCUGAUGGUAAACCUGUAUCAGAUGAAAAGCCUAGUAAGGUUGUUAAACCUAUUUCUGAAGAUAAGCCUGUUACGGACGGUAAACCCAUAACCGAGAGUAUAUCAAUUUUAGAUGGGAAAGCUAAUCUUGAUAUAACUGACGAUAAAAUAAUUUCAGAUGGUAAAGGAUUGACAGAUGAUAAAUAUAUUACCGAUGGUAAACCUAUUACUGACAGUAAACUUAUUACUGAUGGUAAGGCUACUACAGACAGUAAAGCAACCACAGAUUCUAAACCCAGUACAAGACCAGCAUAUUCUCAAGCUGCUGCUAAACCAAAGCCUGUGACUGCCAAAACUGAAGUCAAAACUCCCACAAGAACCACUACUCUCACAAGGAGUAAGACUGUCGUAGAAAUGAGACCAAAUACUGCGCCACGACCUCCCAGACCAUUCCCUAAAAGAAACCAAGCGAGUCAGAACAAAUGUAGCUAUCCGUUCAAUGUUACCAGUCGAAGCAGUCUAUUUGAUACUGCAACACCUAAUGUAGUUGCUAAAAGUACAACAAUCACAAGAAAACCUCCUAUUAAAAAUGCUCAAAUAGGCGCGGGAGAUGGUAAAGUUCAAAAUAAAACUGAUCUCAAAAAACGACCACCAAGACCUACCUCUUUGAAAGUAACACAAAAAGAGAAAAAGGAAAACGUACCAACUUUGGAAAAAAUAAAAGAUUGUGACGAAUACGGCAGUUCAGAUACUAUCGUCACUCAAAUUGAUAUGUCACGAAUUGAAUCUAGCGAAAGUCUUAAAACAUUGGUUCCUGAUGAUCUUGCACAGGAAAUGACUAAUUCUAUCGAAGUACUUAACGUAGAUGGUAACAAAAAUGAUAACGAUGGCUGGCUUACUGUGAAAUCGCGGCGGUUGAGUCGAGAAUCCAAGAAGCAAUCUAAAUCGCAUUGGGUCAAACACAGAUUCCACCAACCUUCGGCUACAACAAGUUUGCCGACUUUGAACAUGAUAGAAUCGCCGAAACAGGAGAACAAUCCAAUAGUGCAUUCUCCAAAGCACGAAAAAUUAGACCGCGCAAAAUCAGAGCAGCCUCAGCCUAUUCCUAAACCAGAAAAAGCGGUUAAAGUUUCAACGAAAAAGUCUGAAGCUAAAAACAAAAAUACGGCGAUGAUUCGACAGAAAUCUGACGUGACCGGUUUGAGAACUCGAUCAUCGAGAAAUAAGGCUUUCACAAAAAGAGCUGAGAAAGUGAAAGACGUUGCUAAGAAUGACGAGUCAUCAGAUUUGACUAAAAAUCGCCUUCAUUCGUCGUUAGAAAGUCUUACUGUAGGUUUAGCUAGAUCGCAAGAGAGUACUGAAGAUGCUUUUGAUUUUGACAAAUGGAAAGCGGAAUUUAAGUCAACGUUUAAGUAUUUGGAAGAAGAUGAUCAAAUUCCUAAUCAUAAUGAGAUAUUGAAGGCUGCUGAUCCAUCGGAAAUGUCUGAGAUAGCAGAGAUGACCUCACAGAUUGAAGAGAAUGAGAAGAAGAUUAGUUGGGCGUUGGAUUUCCAGUCGGAGGUGGAUCAGAGAAAGUUGUGUGAAGAGGAAGAUCUUCUGAACAGGCAGAUCAUGGAGCUGCAACAAGUUUCUGACAUAGAUUUGGACACGGAGACUGAUGACACUGAGACCGAUGCUGAGAUUUUAUGUGAUGAUAGUAGUCACCCACAUUCUUGCACGUCUCCUGACCAUUUGAGUUCGCUGUCUGUCAGCCUUGAAGAUCAGUACGAGAACGCUCUAGCGGGUAUGUCGUGGGCAGAGAGAGUGGACACCCUGGUCGUCCUUGAAGCCCUGGUCGCCAGAGAUCCUGGUCGAGCCCAACAACUCCACGCGAAGUUAUCCCAGGGGAUCAAGCGACGGGGCAGCUUCCAGGACGCGCUACGUCGGCUGCAAGCCAAGCAGGCCAGGGCUGAGAGACAGAGGAUGGAGUACCAGACGGAAAGGGCCAAGAAGAUACAUCAGUUGCUGGCCAGGGUCGAAGAAGUAAAGGUAGCGAAGAAUCAGCUGAUAGAAGAGAAGAGGCUGCGAAUGGAGCGGAGAUUGCAGAAAGCAACAGAAAAUAGAGAUCAAAGGCUGAAGGACAUAAUCCGCAAAGCUCACGACGAAGAGGAGAAACUCAGAGAGAUAGCUUUCAUCAAACAAUUGGAGGCCGAGAAUCGAAGGCAUGACUUCUUGGCCCAGUGCAGACUUCACACCACUAGGCUGAGACAAGUCAGGAGGGACAGACUCAUGAAGUUGGAACAAAAAGCAGCCAGGGAAGCCGCCGUCGGCGCUCGGAGGCAAGCUAUAGAAGCUGCCAGAAAGCUGCACGUGGAGAAUCUAUUGGAGAAGAGGAAGGAGAGAGACGCAAGAGUGGAAGAGCUUAAGGAGCAGAAGAAACAGGAGAGGGAUGACGCUGCGAGGGAGAAGGCUGAAGGAGUGAAGUCCCGGCUGUCGGCGCUGGCGGCGGCGGCGGAGCUGGAGGCGGCGUCGCUGCGCGUGCGCAUCCGCGACAAGCAGGACGCGUCGCAGCUGCGCCUGGCGUCGCGCCUGCGGGCCGUGCGCGAGCGCGCCGCGCGACAGCCGACGACAUCGGAAAGUCAAGACCAAAGCACUAAGGAGGAGAAAGAGUUGGCGGAAGAAGCGGAGAGAAUAGAGUUGGAGAGGAAGGAGAGGGAGAAGCAGAAGGCCAUCAAGCGGAAAGCUAGGAAGGUUAAGCAGAAGUUGUUGUCUAGUGGCAAUGAGGUAGCCGUGGUAGACGAUGACACAAUACAUUUCGAACCGUUGACAUUCUCAUCUUCCAACAAAGUGCACAAAGUGUUACACACACUCGCAAACAUUAUAACGCCAUUACUUGAAGAAGAACCUAAGAAAGAGAAGAAUAAAAAGAUAAAUCAAAAUUCUGAUGAUAAAGAUAAAAAUGUCGAUGAAAAUAAAAGCAAAAAAGUCCCUAACGGGGUAGAUAAAGGUAAGAAAGUAGCUAAUGGCGAUUUAGAAGGGAAGAAAGUAACUAACGGUGACUUAGAAGAUAAUAAAGGUGAGAAACUCUCGAAUGAAGAAAAUAAAACUGAAAACGUUUCAAAUGGAGAUCUAGCUGAUGACAAUAAGGUUGAUAAUAAUAUGGCCGACGUGUUUAACAAUAAUAACGAAACGGAGAUCAUUGUGGAGAAUCAAGAAGUGAAGAAGAAAAAGAAGAAGGAUAAGCCUAAAUUGAGUAAGACCAGUUCGGUUUGCAGCUCAUUGAGUGAUAUGAGCAAGGGGAGUGGAAAAAGCGAGAAGAGAAAAGAGAUUAUAGACACGGCGUUUUUGGAGAGGCAGCUGAAUGAGCUACAUCGCAUGAUGGAGAAGGUUGACAAGUAUUCGCAAGAGAAGCUGAGUUUCCAGAAAAUGCAAGCUCUCCGCGUGCUAGGGCAGCUGUUAGCGGCCGCCGCCGAGAAGGAGCACCUCGCCGCCCAGCUCAGCGCCAAAUUAUUAACAACAACGGUUCUCAUAAUUUCUCGCAUCGUGGCCGCGUGCCGUCUCAGCGCUUCAUAUUUCGUCACAACCAACACUUGUGUGCACAUCAUCAGGCUGCUGUCUCAGAAACUGGAAAAAGAUCUCCACGCCGACCAACGUGAGAUGGACCUAUCCAGACAGCUGUGUGACUGUCUGUCAGUCGCCCUGGAUUCUGUGCUCUGUGCUAGUAGGCUGUACGAAGAGGGGAGGCCGGGGGAGGACGCCGACACUCUGUGCGCUUUGAGGAAUCGAGCCCAUACGCUUAUAAGGUGA